AUAAACAAAAAAAAAAAAGAAUAGAAAAGAAGUCAAAUCCAGUGGAGAAGGGGUUGGAUGACUUGUUUUUUAUUUUUGUGGUGGUGCUGGUAGUAGCAGUGAUAUUAAAGAAAAAAACGAAGACAGAGAAAAAAAAAAAAGAACAGAGCUGUGAAACAAAAAGCUGAAAUAAUAUACUGCAGCCAAAAAAAAAACAAAGCUCAAAUCCCAAUAUAUUAAUUAAAAAGAAUAUCCAGUAGACCGUCUUUGUUUGUUGGUUCUCCUUUAUCUGCUGUUUCUUUUUUUUCUUUUUUUUUUUUUCUCAUCUGAUAUCUUUAGCUAUGGAUCCUUUCGAUUUGUUUAGCAAAGGUUUUGGUUAGAGUUAGUGGAACUCUAGGUUGUAUCCUCUGCAUCAGUUUCUUUUAUCUAUGUAGAAUCUAUAUAUUUUUCAAUUGAAGUAAAGAAUGAGCUUAUCCAAGAAAGGGAUCCAAAUUAGUGACACAAAACUAAGUACCCCUAGCAAGGUAACAACUUUGAAUCCUAAUGCAGCAGAGUUCGUUCCCUCUUCUCUUAGGUCAACAUCUUCAUUAGGAAGCACCAGUGGAGCUCAUGCAACAGCUAGGUUUGCUGUUUCUGGGACUAUAGGAAAAGCAGUGCCUGAUCGGUCUGAGUCUUCUGUUUCCAAUAUUUCUGAUGAAGAGGCUCAUCAGUUCUGGCGUCGCCAGCUCCCUGAUGACAUUACACCAGACUUUAAGGUUAGUAAUGAGGAUGAUUCUCAAGGAAUUGGAUCUGGGAGCCUCUCUUUAGCAGGUUUGUCCUUGCAUGAUGGUAGUGAAGCUUUAAGGUUUCCUGCUUCUGCUGGUGAUGGAUAUGUAUUUGGUGAUCAGCAGGACCUGCUGCAUCAUUAUGGUAAUGAUAAUAACUUUGCUGAAAAAUUGAGAUAUCCUGCUUCAUCCUUUCAAGAGGAUCCUACUUCAGCUAGUGUUUUGCAUUUGCCAGUCAAACCUUGGGACAAACAAUUUGUUAACAGUGAUCAGCUUCUUGGCAAUGGGAAGGAGGGACAACCAUAUAAUGGAAAUUCUAGACAAGGGUUCGUUAAUGAUCUGUUGGGUGAGCACACAAUUAUGGAUGAUACUGAGAUGAAUCCUAUGGAUUUUUUGGCUUCUCAAUUCCCUGGAUUUGCCGCGGAAAGCCUUGCUGAAGUUUAUUUUGCCAGUGGUUGUGACUUAAAUCUGACUAUCGAAAUGCUCACUCAGCUUGAGCUUCAAGUUGAAGGUGGUUUCAAACAGAACCUGAAUUCGAAGAUAUUGUCAGCUCCCAAUCCAAGUACGCUAGAUUUUCCUGCACUUACUGUGUCAGAUGGUCAGAGAGGUCCUCGAAAAUAUGCAGGAGAUGAUCUUCAACACAGUGCCAAUCCUUAUCGAUCAUCUGUCAAGGAUAAUAUUCUUAUGCUCAAAUACAAUUCUUCCCUUCCACCUAGAGGUGCCAUAGAUUUUGUGUCAGCUGCCAGGAAAAUGGCUUCUCAAGAUUCCGGAAUAUGGAAGUAUGAUAGAAAUGGUUCUGCUGAUUCAACUAUUGGGUCAAGUAGAAGUUCUCAUGGGUCAGCUAAUACCUACAGUACUUCACCUGGAAGAGGGUUUUAUGCUAAUAGGUUGCAGACUCGUGGUUCAGCUUGUUCAGCUCCUGUUUGGCUUGAAACUGGAGAUGCAGUGGCAAAUUUGUACUCUGAACCGCGGGAAGAAGCUCGAGACUAUGCUUGUUUACGCAAUGCAUAUUUUGAACAGGCACAUCAAGCAUUCGUCAUUGGCAAUAAGGUUCUAGCAAAGGAACUUAGUGUGAAAGGACAACUGCACAAUAUGCAUAUGAAGGCAGCUCAUGGAAAAGCUCAAGAAUCUAUAUAUGGCCAGAGGAACCCAGUUUCUCCAGAGAAUGUCAGAGGGCAGGAGCGGAUGAUAGAUCUGGAUGGGUUGCAUGUUAGUGAAGCCAUUCAUGUACUGAAGUAUGAACUAUCAGUGCUCAGGAGCACAGCACGGGCAGAAGAUCAGCGCCUGCAGGUUUACAUAUGUGUUGGAACUGGACAUCAUACCAGGGGUUCUCGUACGCCAGCAAGGCUUCCAGUUGCUGUACAGCGUUAUCUCCUUGAAGAAGAGUGCCUUGACUUUACAGAACCACAGCCAGGACUACUUCGAGUUGUGAUAUAUUGAAGCCAUGAAAUUGACAGAUUGAGGUAUAGGAGUUUUUGACACAACAGAAAAACCAUCAGGUUAUAGUCGCUUUAGUCAUUCUUGUACAUGUAAAUGGAAGAGAAAGUAGUUGAAGCCUGAACAAAAAGUGAAAAAAAAAAAACGAAAAAGGGGUUUGAAAAACAAAAAGAAAAAGAGAAGCGAGGUGAAAAAAAAGCCGCAGCAGCAGAAGUGUAUCAUUAAUGUUUAGCCAGGUGACAGCAGCAAUUGCAUUUUGGUAGCAUCAGGGGUGGCUGAAACCAGCCAGCGACUUCUUUUCUUUUUUUUUUUUUUUUUGGGGGGGGGGGGGGUGGUUGUAAUUCUGGGAUGUAGAAAUGAAUUACACGCUGAUUGUACGAUUCAUGAAAAGUAACUCUUGUGCCAAAAUUUGCUUAAUGCUGUUGGAAGUCAGAGCAGCACUAUGCGAGGGUUCAUGCUGAAAUUUUGACGUUUCUUUUC